AUGUCUUUGGCAGACAGCGACCCUUUUGUCGAUCCUGUCGACACCGUCGGCGAUCAUGACUACAGAGAGGCAUGGACGCUUCCAGUAGGCAGAAGUGCCUCCCUGACCUUGGCCACUGACUCUCUCAUUGUUCUAGAUGAGGACUUCACGAGACGAGAGACGCGCAAUUGCUGUGGUCUUCUACCUUCCAAGGCUAAGACCACUCAAGCAAUACCAUUCUUCAACAUACUAUGGGCCGAGCUGUCAGACUUCGACAUAAAUGUCCAGUAUGCUAAACCCACAGCAAAGAACGUCGUCCGGGUAGCCGCAGUCAACUACCUUGUCGAAAAGCCUCAGCGCAGCUAUGCACAAUCCUGGGUCACGAAGCUGCUGGAUCGUGCUUACGGUGAAUCGCAACGGAAAAAGCGGAUAAAGGUGCUCAUCAACCCUUUCGGCGGGAGUGGCAGUGCUCAAAAGUGGUACCUACGAGACAUCGAGCCCAUAUUUGCAGCGGCGCGGUGCGAAAUAGAUGUUGAGAGGACUUUAUACCAAGGACAUGCUGUCGAGAUAGCAGAGAAUCUGGAUAUAGAGGCCUACGAUGUGAUAGCUUCAUGUUCUGGCGACGGACUACCACAUGAGGUGUUCAAUGGCCUGGGCAAGAAAAAAGAUGCCACAAAAGCGCUCUCCAAAGUGGCUGUGGCGCAGCUACCAUGUGGAACUGGAAAUGCUAUGAGUUGGAAUUUGAAUGGAACGAGCAGUACAAGUAUCGCUGCUUUGUGUAUUGUCAAAGGCAUCCGGACGCCACUAGAUCUGACCUCCAUCACCCAAGGCGACAGACGAACUCUAUCUUUCCUUUCCCAAUCACUGGGUAUAGUGGCAGAAGUCGACCUAGGAACAGAACAUCUUCGAUGGAUGGGCAGCGCAAGAUUCACAUACGGCUUCCUUGUCCGCGUGCUACGAAAGACGGUUUACCCUUGCGAUCUAUGGGUGAAGAUUGAUAUACCCACUAAAGGCGCAAUCAGAGAGCACUACCGGAAAGAAUUGACCAAUCAAGCUCCAGUAAAAGAAAGGCGAGACUCCAAUGACACAGAGGACCCCGCCCUCCCAGAACUGCAAUAUGGCUCCAUCGCCUCCCCGCUCCCCUCUACGUUCACAAACAUCCCCUCAGACAACGUCGGCAAUUUCUACGCCGGCAACAUGGCCCUCAUGGCUCCAAACGCCAAUUUUUUCCCCGCUACCCUUCCCUCAGACGGCCAUCUCGACCUUAUAACUGUUGGCGGCGACAUUUCACGCCAUAGUGCAAUCAAGUGCUUCCUGGCCGUCGAGAAUGGGGGUUUCUUCGACCUCCCUCAAGUCAAUUAUCGGAAAAUUAGCGGAUAUAGGAUAAUCCCGCGGGGACAGAAGGGAGGGUAUAUAAGUAUUGAUGGGGAGAGAGUCCCGUUUGAGGGAUUCCAGGCGGAGGUGCAUAGAGGUUUGGGAACUGUGUUGAGCAAGACUGGGCAUCUGUAUGAGGCGGACGGUGUGGUGCCUAAAACUGGCUGA